UGAGUACCUGGCUUCUCUGCUUCUGCAGCCACAGCCUCCAUGCGAACCCGCCUCUCCUGCUUCCUGUGCCUCAGUUUCCAUCACACGCACUGUGUUACUAGGGCACCUCCGGAGACUUGCGGGAAUGCCAAAGCGCUGAAGCGCCCUGAAGAUGGAAAUUGCUUUGGUUUCUAGACUUCCCUUGAACAGAACUGUGGUGCUGUAGGUGCUCUGAUUUGACUCUAUCAGAAAGUGAUGCCUGUGCUCCACCGGUGUUAAGAAUUGCUGCUUUCUGUUGCUUUGAAACGCAGUUUCUACCUAAGCAAAAGGAAUCGUGUGUUCUUUUGGUGAUGUCGUCAAGCUGAAGUUCACAGAUUGCUUGUGGGGUCAGAUCUCUUAAUCCUCUGUCCUCUCCUCUCCUGUGGAAGCGUCUGCUUUUUGGGGUGAGCUUUCCGACCCUGUCUCUAGAUUGAGAUGCGGUUUAUAAGCGUGUAGGUGUCUUUUUGGCACAUCCUACUUUUAUACGGAGCUGUUUUAGGUGAUGGGCAGAUCAGAAAGUCAGAUGGAUAUAACUGAUAUCAGCACUCCAAGGCCAAAGAAACAACGAUGGACCUCCCUGGAGAUCAGUCUCUCCGUCCUUGUCCUGCUCCUUACCAUCAUCGCCGUGACAAUGAUCGCACUCUAUGCAACCUAUGAUGAUGGUAUUUGCAAGUCAUCAGACUGCAUAAAAUCAGCCGCUCGACUGAUCCAGAACAUGGAUGCCACUGCUGAGCCCUGUACAGACUUUUUUAAAUACGCCUGUGGAGGCUGGUUGAAACGCAACGUCAUUCCUGAGACUAGCUCCCGUUACAGUAACUUUGACAUUUUAAGAGAUGAACUUGAAGUCGUUUUGAAAGAUGUUCUUCAGGAACCCAAAACUGAGGAUAUAGUAGCAGUGCAGAAAGCAAAAACGUUGUACAGAUCUUGUAUAAAUGAAUCUGCUAUUGAUAGCAGAGGCGGACAACCUCUGCUCAGUCUGUUACCAGAUAUCUAUGACUGGCCAGUAGCAACGGAUAAUUGGGAGCAAACAUAUGGUACUUCUUGGACAGCUGAGAAGUCUAUUGCGCAACUGAAUUCUAAAUAUGGGAAAAAAGUCAUUCUUAAUUUUUUUGUUGGCACGGAUGAUAAGAACUCUGUGAACCAUAUAAUUCAUAUUGACCAGCCUCGACUUGGCCUCCCGUCCAGAGACUACUAUGUCUGCACUGGAAUAUAUGAAGAGGCUUGUACAGCAUAUAAAGAUUUUAUGAUUUCUGUGGCCAGAUUGAUUCGUAAGGAGAAAGGACUGCUCAUCGAUGAAAACCAGCUUUCUUUGGAAAUGAACAGAGUUAUGGAAUUGGAAAAAGAAAUUGCCAGUGCUACAACUAAACCUGAAGAUCGAAAUGAUCCCAUGCUUCUUUAUAACAAAAUGACAUUAGCCCAGAUCCAAAAUAACUUUACACUAGAGAUUGAUGGGAAGCCAUUCAGCUGGUCAAAUUUCACAAAUGAAAUCAUGUCAACUGUGAAUAUUAAUAUUCCAAAUGAGGAAGAAGUGGUCGUUUAUGCUCCAGAAUAUUUAACCAAACUUAAGCUCAUUCUUACCAAAUAUUCCUCCAGAGAUCUUCAAAAUUUAAUGUCCUGGCGGUUCAUAAUGGAUCUUGUAAGCAGCCUCAGCCGAACCUACAAGGAGUCCCGAAAUGCUUUCCGCAAGGCCCUUUAUGGCACAACAUCAGAAACAGCAACAUGGAGACGUUGUGCGAACUACGUCAAUGGGAAUAUGGAAAAUGCUGUGGGAAGGCUGUACGUGGAAGCAGCAUUUGCUGGAGAGAGUAAACAUGUGGUUGAGGAUUUGAUUACACAGAUCCGUGCAGUUUUUAUUCAGACUUUAGAUGACCUCACUUGGAUGGAUGCUGAAACGAAAAAGAAAGCUGAGGAAAAGGCCUUAGCAAUUCAAGAAAGAAUUGGCUAUCCUGAUGACAUCAUUUCAAAUGAUAGUAAACUGGAUAAUGAAUACCUGGAGUUGAACUACAGGGAAGAUGAAUACUUUGAAAACAUAAUUCAAAACUUGAAGUUCAGCCAAAAUAAACAGCUCAAGAAGCUCCGAGAAAAAGUGGACAAGGAUGAGUGGAUAAGCGGAGCAGCUGUAGUCAAUGCAUUUUAUUCUUCAGGCAGAAAUCAGAUAGUCUUCCCAGCUGGCAUUCUGCAGCCCCCCUUCUUCAGUGCCCAGCAGUCUAACUCCUUGAACUACGGGGGUAUCGGCAUGGUCAUAGGACACGAAAUCACCCAUGGCUUCGAUGACAAUGGCAGAAAUUUUAACAAGGAUGGAGACCUCGUUGACUGGUGGACUCAACAGUCGGCAAAUAAUUUUAAAGACCAAUCCCAAUGCAUGGUGUACCAGUAUGGAAACUUCUCCUGGGACCUAGCAGGUGGACAGCAUCUCAAUGGGAUUAAUACACUGGGAGAAAAUAUUGCUGAUAAUGGAGGUAUUGGCCAAGCAUACAGAGCCUAUCAAAAUUAUGUUAAAAAGAAUGGUGAAGAAAAACUACUUCCUGGACUUGACCUAAAUCACAAACAGCUGUUCUUCCUCAACUUUGCCCAGGUUUGGUGUGGGACCUACAGGCCAGAGUAUGCCGUCAACUCCAUUAAAACAGAUGUUCACAGUCCAGGGAAUUUCAGGAUUAUUGGGACUUUGCAGAACUCCCCUGAGUUUUCGGAGGCCUUCCAUUGCCGCAAGAAUUCGUACAUGAAUCCAGAAAAGAAAUGCCGAGUUUGGUGAUCUUCAGAAAAAGCGAUGUAGCCCUUGGCUAGACUUGCCAACACCACAGAAAUGGGGGACCCUGUGGGAGAGAAAAUGGGACACAGAAGUCACUGUAAUUACAUGGGGGUAGUGCACAGCGAUGAGAGAGCAUCAUAUUAGAAAUGAAGUUAGGUUAUUCUGGAAAAGGUGUGGAGGGGGGGUCUGGCGUCUAUCCAAUCACUUCUCACUGUGUAAAUAAUGCUUGAUCUCUAAAGAUAUUACCAUUCAUUUCUGUUUCUCAUAUGAUCUGCCAAUUUGAUGUCGUCUCUUAAAAACAGUGUUAACCACUUGAUGUAGACUGGGAUUGCUAAUCAAAGGGAGAUUAAAGAGAUUGAAGCAUACGGUUGGCUCCAAACACAGCAGUGGCAUGAGGGUUGAAAACACAUAGCCUAACUAAUUAUUUUUUACGUUUAUUUGCAACAUUUCCGCUCCUACAGAACUCUUCCAAAGAAUCCUUAUACAUGUUGGGGCCUUGGGACUUAAUGUAAUUUUAAACCAAUUUUGCCGAUCACCAGUUAUUCAUUCUGAGAUCAUUUUAUUUUAAGCUACUCUUAGGGCUAAAAUGAAUGUCUUGAAACUGUUUUUCAUUGUACCUGCUUUCACGGAUACUGAAGUUCUUGAGGCUCCCUGCAAUUUUCUAAGCAAUUUCUUGUUCUCGCUCUCUCUCAAAACUUGAUCUUUUUAAGAGAUUUGUAGUAAUGUAUAAAUAAUAAUUUUUAUAUUUAAUUAUUAACUACAUUUAUGACUAAGUAAUUAUUAUUGUAGGUACUCAUUGAAUAUUGACAUUUCCGACAGAGGUAAAUAGUUAUGAACCAAGAUCUGUAAAAUGAUGUACAGAUAAAGAUUUGAGACUUUUUCAACUUAUAAAUCAUAUUGAUAAAAAUCUUUAAGCACAAAGUCUGGGUUAAAACUUGCCAUUGGACAGUUGUCUAAAGAUAUGAGACCUGUGGUUUACAGGCAGGACUUUCAAAAUAAACCCUGUCCCUGAGGUGGCUAGGAUAAAAGGACAAUAUUGCAUCUCUGUAGCUCUGCAUCUCCUUAUCUUUUCAGGUUUGUCAUCUGAUGGAAAUUUUUUGAUAAUAAAUUGAAAUUGUGAGCUCAUUACUCACCAAGCCUGUUGUGCCAGCUGUCUAGCUUUGGAAAGUGCAUUUCUGAAGAUAGAUGAGAGGCCUCCCCUCCCCGGACAGACCUGCUUCUAAAAUCCUGACUCACAUAGAGUUCUGGGAGGGGACUGUCUCAUCCCUGAUAGGAACUUGUUUCUUGAGAUUUUUGUCUUCUUCUCUUUCCCCAUCCUUUUGGCUGGUUUGGCUAAUUUCAUUACUGGAUUGACAUUUUACAAAAGGGGCGUGCUUCCAAAAUCCUUGUAUUUCCUAACAAAAAUGAAAAUUAGGAAUUUCUAUUCCAAAUAUGAGUGCGGGUUUUCUUCUUGAAAAAGGCCCAUUUACCUUUGUUUAAAAAGUCAUUAAAGUAUAUACACAAAAGUUCCAUUAAACGUAAGUAUACAGCUCAGAAAGUGAACUCUCUCUAGCUGAACACAGCCCUGUAACCAGCACCUUUAAGAAACAAAACACUGCCGGUGCCUUAGAAGUCCUUUCUUCCAACCACCCCUUCUCUCCACGGACGAGUACAGCCCUGACUCCUAGUAGCAUACAUCAGUUUUAAUCAAUUAGCAUGUUUUCUUUUUGCUUCUGGCUUCUUUCACUCAGUGUUACAUUUUGAGACUCAUCUAUAUUGUUGCAUUUGAUUGUGGAUCUUUCCUUGUCAUUGCUCUAUAAUAUUCUACUGUGAUUACACCACAGUUCAUCCAUUCCAUUGUUGGUAGGCACUUGAGAAAUUUCCAGUUUGGGGCUGUUACAAAUGGUGCAAUUAUGAGCAUCCAAACUUGCAUAAUGCCAUCUUUUUUACUUUGAGAUUUUAAUGAGCUCAUUUCUAUAAAUAUUUCAUAAAGUUAUUAUAAAUAUUGAAAAUAUAGUUUUAAAACUAGCCAUGGAUAUCCUUAUCUUGUUCUUCUUAUGUCACUACCACCAUUAUUAGGGAUAAUUCGAAGUAUACUUCUGGGCAUAUUUCCUUAAAUGAACUGAAAACACUUGUAAGUAAUAUUGGUGGCUGGAGCAAUAGGGGUGUCCAGUUCUGAAGGGAACAACUAUCUUUUAAUCAUGUCAUUUCUAUCCCAUCAGAGCAUCUGAAGGGCAACUAGUACAAAUUAUAAAAAGACACUAGAUUCCUUACUCUUAAAAAACGUCAGACGUCCCAUUCUUAUGGAAGGACUUGAGUGAAAUUUUCUGGAAAACAAAAAACCUUUCUAAUGCCUGGCUCUCCUAGGUCUAGAAAUACCAAAUUUCCUGGGACUAAGGAAUACCCCAAAGUGAAAAGACCAAUACUCCCCCUCUCGCACACGAGGACAUUAUUAACUGCAUAUGGCAUGGUUGCUGAGUUGUACUGGUCUCUCCCAACCACUCUCAAUCAUUCGGGAUUGUUCCAUCAGGUAAGGCCCACUUGUAAUCUCACACAUAAAUCCAAUUUCACCGUGGCUGAAUCCUGGUCAAGGAAAGAGUUUAGAAACUGAGACACUAAGGGCUGGGAGCCAAUAUCCUCAAGGGAUGAGGAUAGAAAGA